CAAUGGGCGGCGGGGAUCCGCCGGCGCGGCUCGGGGGCCCCUGGAGGAGGAGGAGAGGAAAAACCACGGGAUUGAGCUCUGUCAGUGGCGCUCGCCGCUUCCAAGGGGGAAGUGCCGGGGAAUAAUUAAUGUUUUUAUUAAAUUUGGAGGGAAUUUUUUUUUUUUUGUUGUUGUUGUUGUGCAGCCGACCGCCGCGCGUGGCCUUCAGCCAUCUUGUAUUCCCCUCUAGGCUGAUUGGAGUCCAGAUCCCGAGGAAAUCUCCAGAUCAAAUGCCCAGUAAAUAAAACACUGAGCUAAGACUUGCGGAAGAGCUGCAGAAUGGAUGGAUUUUAUGACCAGCAAGUGCCUUACAUGGUCACCAAUAAUCCGCGUGGGAGAAACUGUAAUGAGAGACCGACAAAUGUCAGGAAAAGAAAAUUCAUUAACAGAGACCUGGCUCAUGAUUCAGAAGAACUCUUUCAAGAUCUGAGCCAAUUACAGGAGACGUGGCUUGCAGAAGCUCAGGUACCUGACAAUGACGAGCAGUUUGUGCCAGACUAUCAGGCUGAAAGUUUGGCUUUUCAUGGUCUCCCUGUGAAAAUCAAGAAGGAACCCCAUAGCCCGUGUUCGGAACUUGGCUCCGCUUGCAGUCAAGAGCAACCAUUCAAGUUCAGUUAUGGGGAAAAGUGCCUGUACAAUGUCAGUGCCUAUGAUCAGAAGCCACAAGUGGGAAUGAGGCCCUCCAACCCACCGACGCCAUCCAGCACUCCUGUGUCACCGCUGCACCAUGCCUCCCCAAACUCAGCUCAGACUCCUAAACCUGACCGGGUUUUCCCAGCCCAUCUCCCUCCAUCCCAGUCCAUUCAAGACAACAGCUUCCCUAUGGACCACAGAUUUCGCCGCCAGCUCUCUGAACCUUGCAAUUCUUUCCCACCUUUGCCUGCAAUGCCAAGGGAAGGACGUCCAAUAUAUCAGCGCCAGAUGUCUGAGCCAAACAUCCCUUUCCCGCCUCAAGGUUUUAAGCAGGAGUACCACGAUCCAGUUUAUGAACACAAUGCUAUGGUUGGCAGUGCAGCCAGUCAAAAUUUCCCCCCUCCUCUGAUGAUUAAACAAGAACCUAGAGAUUUUGCAUAUGAUUCAGAAGUGCCUAGCUGCCAUUCCAUUUACAUGAGGCAAGAAGGCUUCCUGGCUCACCCAAACAGAACAGAAGGCUGCAUGUAUGAAAAGGGACCUAGGCAGUUUUAUGAUGACACUUGCGUUGUUCCAGAGAAGUUUGAUGGUGACGUCAAACAGGAGCCAGGCAUGUACCGUGAGGGACCCACGUAUCAGCGACGAGGCUCGCUUCAGCUGUGGCAGUUCUUGGUAGCUCUUCUUGAUGACCCAUCAAACUCUCACUUCAUAGCGUGGACUGGCCGAGGCAUGGAAUUCAAGCUGAUUGAGCCGGAGGAGGUGGCACGUCGCUGGGGGAUUCAGAAAAAUAGGCCAGCUAUGAACUAUGAUAAACUUAGCCGAUCACUUCGCUAUUAUUAUGAAAAGGGAAUCAUGCAAAAGGUGGCUGGAGAGAGAUACGUCUACAAGUUUGUUUGCGACCCUGAAGCGCUUUUCUCCAUGGCUUUUCCAGACAACCAGCGCCCCUUACUGAAGACUGACAUGGAGCGCCACAUCAACGAGGAGGACACUGUACCUCUGUCCCACUUUGAUGAGAGCAUGGUCUACAUGCAGGACGGUGGCUGCUGCAACACCCACCCCUAUAACGAAGGCUAUGUCUAUUAACAACAGUGACAGUGAAGGGGGUGUUUUCCCCCUCCCUUAGGCUUCUCCUCUUUCACAAGACCCAGAGGAAAGCUGACUCGACUUCAGUUUGUUUUUUAAAUAGUACACUAAAAGGGGCUUUUCCUGUUGCAUUACUCCUAUGGUCUGCCAUGGACAGCGCACUUUAUUUGAAAGGGGAGGGUUGGAACCUAAACGUUAUUCUGUGUAACAGGAGCAAAAGGGUGGGUUUGCUUUUUACUUAAGUUUGGGAAGGGAACAUACAGGUUUUAAGUACAAAAAAAGCUAUAUCAUGUCUGGUUUGUUUCAUAUCAGCAUAAGAUAUUGUACAUUUUCUCUGGGUAUCCAUAGUACAGUUAAUUCUCAUUGUGCAAAAUAACCACUUGAUGAUGAUAUCAGCACAGCAUGCCUAGGGCAUUUUUUUUCUUGCCAUUCUUAAUUGUCUUUCUGCAGUUAUAAAAGAGAAGCAAAGCGUAUACCACAGCAUUUAAUUUAGAAGCUUGCAGUGGCAGACCUUGCACCUUGCCUCUGAAAACAACCAGAUAUCUUGAGAGUUCUUCCUUUUUUUUUAAUUUUUUUUUUUUUUUCGAUACGGCCUCAAAAAAAAAUUCUGUUUAAUGACAGAGUGGCCAUAAGUACAGUGACCAAGCAGCAAAAUCCCUGACUUCAGACUGUGAGCCGCGUGGCGUAUCUGGUACCACGUUGCUAUACACGUAUGUCCCAUGCCACGGCUCAGACCUUUCAAGAUCCAUUUGAGGGCAGUAACUAUAUGUGGUAGGCUUUCUGAUGAUCAUGUCAGCAUUAAAUACAGGAUCAUGAUCGGGAGGGAGAAAACAUUUUGUGUCCUUCCAUUUCCUUUGGUACAUAAAUAAGUUAUUUAAUCAAUAGGAAUUAACUGUACUAAGUCACAUAUCUAAUUAUGCUGUUUAGACACAGCAAGCACUCCUUGAGAAAAAUAUCCAAUACACUAAAUAGGUACUUUAGUAAUUUUUAGACACGGUACCCAUUAAUAUGCAUUUAAACCUUUUACUGCUGUGUUAUGUUGAUAACAUAUAUAAAUACUAGAUAAUGCUAAUGCUUCUGCUGCUGUCUUUUUCUGUAAUAUUCUCUUUGAUGCUGAAUUUACUAUGACCAUUUAUAAGCAAUGCUGUAACUACAGGUAGCAUUUCAGGACAAAAUAGAUGACUUGAACCAUUUAUUGCUUAGAAAAUAGCUUACGCCAUAGCUGUGCUAUAAGCAGCUUUUAUGCGCAUCCACAAAUGACUAGUAAGCUUCAGCUUGCUAAGGAAAGCUCUGCAGAACCUUUUGUAAUUUUCGGUGGAACGGAGACUUAGACGAACUGUCAAAGAAUACCAUGAAGUCGCUGUAUGACGUUGUAGUGCUGGCACUGAUGUUACCAAUCAACUUGUUUUGGACACUAAAUGUAAAUGUGAUCAGAUAUGCUCGGAAGAGGGGUUUUUUUGAGGGAUUUUAUUUGUUGUUGUUACUUUUUCAAAUCGUUUUAUUUUUUGAGAGGGGUAAUCUUGAACACAAGCUGCACAUACUGCUCUGUAUGUAAAAUGGAAAAAAAAAAAAAAGCCCUGACAAAACCUCAAAAGUUUAAAAUAUUUAUGAGCACCUUUUCUGAAAUAUAAUAUUUCCUAGUUUGAAGGGAGGGAGAGGGGGUAAGAUCUGGAUUUCUUUUUUUGCCCAGUGAAAUUUAUAUGGGUGUUACAUGGGGUGCCUCACUUUCCUAUAUUCCCAAGAAGUGGGAGGAAAACGAGUGCAUAACCAUAAAACAACAAGAAUAAUUUUCAUCACAAUGGAUGAAUUUCAAAGACAAUCCUAGGUGGUGGGUUAAUUUUCCAUCCUCUGUCAGUUAAGACACUAGUUAAGCUAUGAAUAUUUUAAUAUGCAAUUAAUCAAAAGUAAAGAAGUGUAGUGGUCACUAGAAACCACAGGUGCAUAAAAAAACAUUUGGGCAGGUAUUUAAUUUACUCAGAUCCAUAAGACAACAUAUUUUAUGGGAGUGUAUAUAUGCCUUAAUAUGUCACCUAAUUCUGUCAUCCAUAAGUCUCAAUGGCACUUAAAUUUUCGGUGAUCAACCCAGAAUCAGAAGUCUAAAACUGCAGAAUUAGCAAAAAGGAAAGGGAAAAGGUUGAGUAAGAUUGUUUAAAAAAAAUGUGAUUUCCAUUGAAAAUAAGGUUCAAAUGAAACAUGCUUUGAUGAAAAGUCCUUGGAUUGGUUUUGGUUCUUUAAUGUCAGCACGGAGCGCCUCUUGCCUGUGGCAGGAUGUGGAUAUUUGGGAAAGGGGUUGGACAAAAAAAGGAGAAAAAAAAAGGAAAAAGAAAAAAAAAUGAAAAAAAUGCAUCAAAUGUGUAAUAUUUAAGAAGAAAUAUAUAUAUAUAUGUAUACGGUAGUGACUCACUGAACAAAACAAGCAAUCAGACCAACAUUACAUGAUCUCUCAGCAGAAGAUAUAAAAGUCUUUCACUGAACUGAUUAACCCUUUUUAAAAUGUACCUAAGAGCUUUAUUUAAAGUCUGUUUUUAUUCCACUUUUUUGUUUGUUUGGGUUUUUUUUUUUUUCUUUGUUUGGGGUUUUCAGGUAGAAUAAUAAAUCUGGCAGCUGAUUUCUGCAAGAUUGUUGUGUAUUGGAUUCCUAACCAUUUGGACUGGAGAGGCCCCUGCAGUAAGGUUCUUGUUUUAGAAGAGGAGAUGAUGAUCUCUUCUUAGUGCCUAGAAUAGCUUCCUGCAAAAUGGAACCCAAAAAAAAAAAAAAAAAAAAAAGUGAGGAGUAUGUACAAUUCCUAUAUGAAUUAUAGCCAGGGUUUCGGUUGCCCAAACAUCAUAUUUGACUGACAAAAGAGAUGGGGGAUGGUCUAUGUAAAUUUAGAGAAAGAUUGAUUCCAACUAGGAACACUUACAACAUUUUCCCAGGGCGUUUG